AUGAGCGCUGAUGCGAUGCUACAGGCUGUUAACUUGAGCACGAUGUUGUCGUGCAUGGUGCUCAAAUUUCCGCAGAUAUUCCUGGUUAUGAAGAUGAAAUCCACUAAGGGCUUGAGUCUGCCGGCCCUGCUUAUGGAACUCACGGGGUAUAUCGUGUUUGUCACUUAUCAGAUGACCAAUGAGUACCCGGUUCCCACUUACCUGGAGUACCCUGUGCUGAUUGCCCAAGACACCAUCCUGCUGAUGCUGAUCCUGCACUAUAAUGGAAACCUGAGGCAGAGCGUGAUCUACAGCGCACUGUUUGUAGGGGUGUGGCAGCUACUGACAUUACAGAGGUGGAUCAUUGAUCUGGCAAUGAGUUUCUGCACCCUUAUCAGCGCAGGCAGCAAGCUCGUGCAGCUGCAGUGUUUGUGGGAGUCAAAGGACUCCGGCCAGAUCAGCAUCCUCUCCUGCGCCUUGUCCUCCUACACCUGUCUGGCCAGGAUCUUCACCACGAUCAUGACGACGGGGGACCUGCAGGUCCUGGCCCGGUUCAUCGUCAUAACUGUGCUGAACGUUUGGGUGACUGCAACAGCACUGCGCUACAGGCAAAGCUGCAAGAAGCAGGACUGAGUCACGCGCACACCUCCUCCAUCUCACCUGAGCCUCUGACACCCAGAAACCUGCAGGGGGGACCCAGUAACCCGGGUCCCUCAGGGCAAGGACACACAGUCUGCAGCACCAUAGCAGCCAACG